AUGGCCAAAGAGUGUCCCCAGAGGCUCCAGAAGCACACUGCAGCCUUAGCAACAGUAACAGGAGCAGCGCUACAAGGAGAGCAGUUUCAGGGAAACGACAAUGCCUGGCUGGAAGCAGACAUGCUGGGGCUCAGCCAGGCGAGUCAGUAAAGCAGUCCCCAGCGCUUUUGCAGCCUACAAAUCCCUUACCACCCAAGCCAGUGGUGCAGCUCACUGCUACUCUCCAGCUACCUAAUGGACUCACCCUGGAAGUCCCCAUUACAAUUGACUCAGGGAGCAACGCAGACUUCGUGGGGAUGCAGUUCAUCAAGCAGCAUCGCAUAGCGCUUCUACCAGCCACGCUGCCUCUGAACGUCGUCACGGUAGAUGGCAGGAAGUUGCUGGGCGGGCAAGUGGUACAACAGACGCCACCCAUGCUGCUGAAGAUUGGGAAUCAUCGCGAGGUCAUCAGUUUCAACGUCACCCGACUGUCAGACACGCCUAUAGUGUUAGGCAUGAGUUGGCUGGAUAGACACAGCCCAUCAUUAGCGUGGUACCAGCGGCAGCUCACCUUUGGCUCGUCCUACUGCGCACAACAUUGCAUCCAGACCGGCCAGGAGGAGGAGGGCCAGGAGGAAGGGCAACAGUUGCAUCUAGGCAUGGUGCAG